GUCACUGUUUCAUCUCAUCCUUAUCGCCUCGCACAUGAUGGAGGUGUUUUGGCACCUAGCUGGUUUCUCUCUAGCUGCCAUUCAUCACAAACGUUCCAACUAUGGCUAUGAAUACGAAUGUGUCUAUAUAUAAGUUCCACUUGAGCUAGUAACCUACUUGGUUAAAGGUUCAAAUUAAAUCAGUCAGGAAAGAUAAGGGUGUGUUUGGCCAUGGUGGGUCGGGGAGACAUGAUUAUAAUCUCCUUUUCAAUUGGUGUCUGCAUCUUUCUACUAGUAGCUCUUAUAGGGUUCUUGCACAAAGUAUGGUGGACGCCAAUUCGAAUUCAAAACAUCAUGAGGUCGCAAGGAAUCAAAGGCCCUGCUUACAGAUUCCUGCAUGGAAAUACAAAGGAGAUCAUCCAGAUGAGAGAAGAAUCCAUCAGCAAUGCAAUGGACUUCUCAUCUCAUGAAGUUUUCCCAAGAAUUAUGCCUCAUAUUCAUGCUUGGAAGAAGCUCUAUGGGAAAAAUUAUCUAAUUUGGCAUGGUUCUCAAGCCCAAUUGGUUGUCACUGAACCUGAGUUGAUUAAAGAGAUACUCAACAAUAAAGAUGGAACGUAUCUCAAAGGAAAGCUCGAUGUCUUCUCAAAAAAGUUAAUAGGAGACGGGAUCUUUAUAACAGAUGGAGAAAAAUGGUCGAAGUUACGCAGAAUAGCCAACCAUUCUUUCUACGCAGAGAGCUUGAAGGGCAUGAUUCCAGCAAUGAUAGCGAGUGUGGAAACGAUGCUAGAAAGAUGGGAGCAAAAUAAAGCAAAGGAGAUCGAUGUAUAUAAAGAGUCUCGGCUCUUGACGGCAGAAGUUAUUUCUCGAACAGCUUUUGGGAGUAGUUACUUGGAAGGCGAGAACAUCUUCGACAUGUUGACGAAAUUGGGAAUGAUCGCAGGAAGGAAUGUUUUUAGGAUUCGCUUACCUGCCAUGGAGAAGUUUUUCAAAUUGCGCGAUGAUCUUGAGUCUGAUAAAAUAGAGCAAGCAAUUCGAGAAUCCAUUAUAGGGAUGAUCGACAAACGGGCUGAGAAAAUGAUGAGAGGAGAAGAAAACAACUACGAUAGUGAUUUUCUCGGAUCCCUUAUAAAGGCUAAUCAUGAUCCUGAUGAGAAGAAUAGAAUUUCAAUAGAUGAUAUGGUAGAUGAGUGCAAGAUAUUCUAUUUUGCUGGACAAGAAACAACAAAUGGGUUAUUAGCUUGGAGCAUUUUCCUUCUAGCGAUCCACACAGAUUGGCAAGAGAAGGCCAGAAAGGAGGUGAUUCAGCUGUUUGGCCAAGAGAACCCAAAUCCAGAGGGCAUUGCAAGAUUAAAGACCAUGAGCAUGAUCCUAAAUGAAACUCUAAGGCUGUAUUCACCAGCGAUCAAUCUGCUGAGAAGAGUUGAAAGGGAAGUCAGAUUGGGAAAAUUGAUCGUUCCAGCUAAAACAGAAUUCUACCUUCCACUUUUAGCACUCCACCAUGACCCUGAGAUAUGGGGACAAGACGUUCACCUCUUCAAGCCAGAGAGAUUUGCAGAAGGAGUGGCUAAAGCAACUAGUAACAACAUUACCGGAUUUAUUCCGUUCGGUUUCGGCCCUCGAAUUUGUGUGGGCUCAAACUUUGCAGUCAACGAAGCCAAGAUAGCGCUCUCGAUGAUUCUACAGCGCUACAAAUUCACUUUGUCUCCAGAUUAUGUUCACGAUCCAAUUCAGAUUAUCAUAGUUAGCCCCAAAAAGGGAGUUCAAAUCGUGCUGAGUAAGUUGUAAUUUUGAGUUGGGGCAUUUCUGUUUCGUGUUGAUGAUUGUUGGAACAAGCCAUGGGCAAGGGUGGUGUUUUAUUUUUUCUCUUUCCA